GGGGCCAAUCACAGACAGGCAAGCGCGAAUGCGGAAGCGUCCAACGCGGAAGUAUGUCCUUCAGUGGAGAAGCAGUGUUACGGCUCGUGGAGACGCCGCUGUUUUGGCUCGGUGCUCUGACCGCGGCCUGGCUGUCUGUGUGCUCCGUGUACCGGCUGCUGUCCGGGAUCAGGGUGUGGGUGCUGGGCAACGGACGGCUUGUGUCACCCACCACACUGGGGAGAUGGGCAGUUGUGACAGGAGCCACAGAUGGGAUCGGGAAAGCGUACGCGGAGGAGCUUGCCCGCAGAGGCUUUAAUAUCGUGCUGAUCAGCCGCUCUCAGGAGAAGCUGGAUGACGUAUCCAAGGCGAUCUCGGGCAAAUGUGGCGUGGAGACCAAGACGAUCGCAGCAGACUUCAGCGCUGUAGAUAUCUAUUCGAAGAUUGAAGCUGGACUUGCAGGACUGCAGAUUGGAGUAUUGGUGAACAAUGUUGGAAUAUCUUAUUCUUACCCUGAAUUCUUCCUCAACGUCCCCGAUCUCGACACUUUCAUCGACACCAUGGUCAACAUUAACAUAACGUCAGUGUGCCAGAUGACACGUCUUGUUUUACCUCAAAUGGUGGAGAGGAGGAAGGGGGCCAUUCUCAACAUCUCGUCUGCCAGUGGGAUGUACCCUGUUCCUCUGCUUACCGUCUACUCUGCCUCCAAGGCAUUUGUGGACUUCUUUUCCAGAGGACUGCAAGCUGAAUACAAGAGCAAAGGCAUCAUCAUCCAGAGUGUUCUGCCAUUUUUUGUUGCAACCAAGCUGAGUAAAAUCCGACGAGCUACGCUGGACAAGCCCAGUCCAGAGCGCUACGUUUCAGCCGAGCUCAACACUGUUGGUCUACAGACUCAGACCAAUGGCUACCUGCCCCAUGCCAUUAUGGGUUGGGUGACUACAGCUCUGCUCCCUGCCAAGAUCCUCAACAGCCACGUGAUGGGGAUGGGUUUGUCCCAGCGCGCUCGUUACCUUAAGAAGCAGAAGCAGGGCUAGAUGUAUCGGCGGCGGCAGCAGACAGAGGGGACCAGCUGUGGUAACGACUCGUCCAACUACCAUCAUGGACCAAGAAGAGAAGACGUGACAGUUUCUGGGCACUAUCCCAGUUUCCCUCCCUCUGAUACUCCCAGUCAUUGAUGAUGUGAGGCAGGCACACAGCCGCCGUUACAUGUAUUCUAUUCAAACAAAUUUCUUUUGAACAAAGUGGUGCUCUCCAUCGAGUGAUCAGCUUUAAUGAGUGGAACACUAACGUGGAAACUAAAAGCGAAAAUUAAGCCUAGAUGAUGAGGGAAUAAUUUGGAUGCGUCUGAGGUUGGAGGCCUCUGUAUAUUUGUGUGUAUGUUUGGGCCUCCUGCGAGUGUGUGUGGACCAGCCUUUAGCUAUGUGGGCGAGCUUUAAGCCUUUAGUUUUACACUGGAGGGGGUACUUACCUACUUUCUAGAGCACUUAAACAAUGGGUUAUUAAGAUUUAAAAGUGGAAAUGGGUUUUUGUGGGACAUUAAUAGCUUCCUUAAUUCUUCAGUCUUUGGGAUAAUUUUUCCAUUUUAUAUCAGAAGUUUCAAAGCACUCAGAUUUACAUUUCUUCUUCUGCACCAACUGAAAAUCAUUAAAGAUCUCGUUUGCUUUUUUCACCUUUAAGAUUUUCUCGACGGUAUUGAUUAGAAUGAAUUAAGAGGAGGCUCUGUAGAUGAAUAACAAGCACAGAGGGAGAAGUUUUAGUCGAAUAUUAUAAUGUGUUUCUGUUUACAAACUAAAUUAAUUUUCGAAAACACUUCUUACAACUGGUGUUACUGCUAGGUGUAACUUAACCUAAAAUGUCUGAAAAUCCUCUGAAAAAUCCACUUGUAUAAUGAGUUGGUGUGUGUGUGUGUGUGUGUGACGAUAAAUGUGCUAAAUCUACAUUAAUCUGGAUCUAUACAUCUUGAGAGUAGCAUCUAAAAUGUUAAACUAAACCAAAAGUAGAGAUGAGACAAACCAGUGAGCGAAAUCUAUGAUGCAUUUCUUUGACUUUCUCUUUUUGAAAGCUACAUGUAUGUUGAAACUUGUCUUUGCUCAGAUAUCCGCUCUAAUUUAUACUAUAUUAAUCCCCAUGGAAACUUUGUUCUUGACAUUUCACUCAUAUUAACUCUCGGUGCAGCAGAAGGGGACCAACUUCAGUUCUAAGAGCUUUUCUCAAGGAUUGUGUAUUAGGCGUAUUCCUAUUACCUGCAUGAUGUUUGGGGCGAAAGCAGAUCAAACAUGUAAAAAACACAUUGCAUGUUUUCUUCUUCAAUCCAUCAAUAAACAGCAAUUCAAAUAA